CCGCCACCUCCAUUCCUCUUGCUCAUAUUUAUAGGGCCACCUCCCCCCCGCCUCCCACCAUGCCUCUCCCCGACGAGCUCACCAAGCCCAUCGAUGUCCUCCUCAUCGACAACUUCGACUCCUUCACCUGGAACCUCUACCAGUCCCUCUCAAUCCUCGGCGCAGACGUCACCGUCGUCCGCAACGACGCCAUCACCCCCGACGACUUCCCUCACCUCCACAUAAACUCACUCAUCAUCUCUCCUGGCCCCGGCCAUCCCACCACAGAUUCCGGCAUCUCUCGCGACGCUAUCACAUACUUUACAGGAAAGGUCCCCAUUCUCGGAGUCUGCAUGGGCCUCCAGUGCCUUGUUGACGCAUACGGAGGGCAAAUCUCAUACGCGGGCGAGAUUGUCCACGGCAAGGUCUCGCACGUCAUGCACGACGGUCGCGGCAUGUUCAAGUCCGUCCCGCAGUCCAUCAAGUGCACCCGCUACCACUCCCUCAGCGCCGGCGCACCUUCCCUUCCAGACUGCCUCGCCGUCACAGCGACGACGCAAGAGAGCGGCGUCAUCAUGGGCGUCCGUCAUCGCGAAUACACCAUGGAGGCCGUGCAGUACCACCCAGAGAGCAUCCUCUCAGAGUCCGGCGACGACCUCCUCCGCAACUUCCUCAAUGUCAAGGGCGGCCGCUGGGAUGCGGAGGAGAACAAGGACUUUGGCGUCUUCGGCGAGGGCAGGGACGGGCUGAAGACCGCAAACGGCAGCGCGCACGCAAACGGUCAGCCAAACGGCCAGGCCGACACACGAGUGCACGCAGGGCCUUCAACAUCUGUCAACGGCCCCGGCAAGGUGCCCACGAUUCUCGAGCGGAUAUACGCACAACGCUUGCGCGACGUGGAGGUGGCGAAGGCUACCCCCGGGACGUCCCCCGCCGACCUCGACGCCCUCCUCGCCAUGUCGCUCGCGCCCCCGCUCACGUCCUUCGUCGACGCCCUCCGGCGCGCACCCCGCAAGCCCGCCCUCCUCGCCGAGAUCAAGCGCGCGUCCCCGUCCAAGGGCAACAUCGCGCCGAACGCGAACGCAGCGCAGCAGGCCCUGACCUACGCCCUCGCGGGCACGUCCGUCAUCUCGGUCCUCACGGAGCCGACGUGGUUCAAGGGCAGCCUCCUCGACAUGCGCCUGGCGAGGCAGGCCGUCGACGCGCUCGCGGAGCGUCCGGCGAUCCUCCGCAAGGACUUCAUCUUCGACGAGUACCAGAUCGCGGAGGCGCGUCUGCACGGCGCGGACAGCGUGCUGCUCAUCGUCGCGAUGCUCUCCGAGGCGCGUCUGCAGGCGCUCUACACGUACGCGCGGGCGCUCGGGAUGGAGCCGCUCGUGGAGGUGAACAACGCGAAGGAGCUCGGCGCCGCGCUCGCGCUCCCCGCGCGCGUCGUCGGCGUGAACAACCGCAACCUGCACGACUUCAGCGUCGACAUGCAGACGACGAGCCGCCUCGCGGAGAGGCUCGCCGGCGCGGACGUCGUCCUCUGCGCGCUCAGCGGGAUCGCGGGCCCCGAGGACGUCCGCACGUACGUCGGCGAGGGCGUCGGCGCGGUCCUCGUCGGCGAGAGCCUCAUGCGCGCGGAGGACCCGCGCGCGUUCAUCCGCACCCUGCUCGACUGGCCCGCGCCGCCGUCGCCCGCGACGCUGGCCCCGGACGGCGCGAAGGGGAAGGAGCGCGGCGCGGAGCGGCCGCUCGUGAAGAUAUGCGGGAUCCGCACGGAGGACGACGCGCUGGGCGCAAUGGAGGCGGGCGCGGACAUGCUCGGGCUGAUGUUCGUCCCGACGAGCAAGCGCGCCGUCUCGCUCGCGCAGGCGCAGGCGAUCAGCGUCGCGGUGCACGCGUCGCGCUUCGCCCGCCCCGUCCGCUCGUCCUCCCCGCCGCUCUCCCCCGCCACGCCGUCGCCGCGGAACAGCUACCUCGCGGGCCGGCUCGCACAGGCGCAGGCGCAGGCGGGCGCGGGCGCGGAGAUGGCGCGGGUGCCGUGGUUCGCGGCGCACGCGACGGCGGCGCGGGAGGCGGUGGCCCCGCAGGACUCGCCGAGCCGCCCGCUGCUCGUGGGCGUGUUCCAGGACGCGCCGCUGGAGACGAUCGUGCGCGCGGUGGAGGUCGCGCACCUGGACAUGGUGCAGCUGCACGGGCGCGAGCCCGCGGAGUGGGCGCGCUUCCUGCCCGUGCCCGUCAUCCGCGUCGUGCACGUCGGCGAGAGUGGGGUGGACGCGGUCGCGGAGGUCACACGCCCCGGGCUGAACCAGUUCGUCCUCCUGGACGCGGUGCGCCCCGGCGGCGACGGGCUGAGCGGCGGGAGCGGGGCGAAGCUGGACUGGGAGGUCGCGCGGGCGGUGGUCGAGCGGGGCGAGGUGCCGGGGGUGAAGGGCGCGGAGGGGCGGAUGCCGAUUAUACUCGCUGGCGGGCUUACGCCGGAGAACAUCAAGGAGGCGGUCGAGACUGUCCGUCCGUGGGCUGUCGACGUCAGCGGGGGCGUGGAGGGUGCCAGUGGACGGCGCAAGGAUACGGCGAAGGUGCGGGCGUUCAUCAAGGCGGCCAAGGGCUGGUGACGAGGGAAGCUGUGAUGGAGUUGGUAGGAUGUUGCGGUGCUUUCGAUGUCGAGACUGCUGUUAAAAAUAUGCUGUUUUGUUGGCGUCGGAGUGUAUAUACGUCUAGUCACGAAUGUCUCGCGUGUCGUUGCUGAUACUGUACGGCAGAUCUGUUAUAUACCACUGUUCGAAUCUCUCCUGAGUGCAUUCUCGAGCGGGCGUAGUUGCGCUAAUGGAGGCGGGACGAUCAUCUGCUAGAAUCACAUGCACCGUGUUCUGGUC